AGUGAGGGGUGAGGGUGGAGUUCAUUGCGACCACACUUUGACAAAAUUAAACGCCGAUCCUUUCGUCUCGCUGAUCUGCCAUUCCGAAGACCAAUUCCUUUUACUAGUAGUAGAAUGCCUUUCGUCUCGUUGUUGUCGUUGUUGUUGUUGUUGUUUUGGUGGUGGUGGUGAUGCCGUUGCCGAUACUAAUUGUAAGGGGUAAUAAUAUAUUUUUAGGAAAUAUUAGUAAAAGAAAUAUUAAAUGUUGGUUACAUUAUAUUAUUCUUCUCUUGCUUCCUGCGAUCCAAUAAUGUCUUCCCAUCAGCAUCAGCAUCAGCAUUCACAUAUACGGAGGGAGGGUGUGGAGCAUUUACAGAGAGCCAGUCAUGUAAUAUAAGAUAAGAUUAGGGGAUGUAGCACAUUGAAAUGGAUUCCACUUUUAGUAAUUGUUAUCCUAAUUAUAGUCGUCCUGCCACUCUCUCUCCUCCUUCCCACAAAUUUCUCCUUUCAAACAACUACCGAAACAGAAAUGACGGGAGCAAUCACAAUUUCUAUGGAAAUUCAAGUUGUAAUACAACUAACAACAUCUUCUUCCCCCUCCUCGUUGUAGCCGUUGGGCCAUGUGUUCGAUCCAAUACCAACCUAUUGUUGCCACCAUUCUCCCCCGAUCCUCCUCCUCCUCCUCCUCUCCCCUCUAUCCCUGAUUAUCAUUGGAAUGCAGCAUUUCCACAAAAUGGUGGCCUCACCCGAUACGACGUCCUACCUUCCGGCAAUUUCCAUUCCCCUUGCAUGAUUAUAUCUCUUAAUGCAGUGAACCAAAGGGAGGCCGUAGCAUUCUAAAUUAGCCUCAAAAAGCUUGCCACCAACUUAUACAUGCAACAUGAUAGCUUUUGAACUGCAGCCGCUGCCAAAUUGCAUUUCCAGUUUUUGUUAGGCCUAUUGUUGCUAAAUGAAAAAAAAGAUGAGUGACUUGUCAUCAGAACACACAGUUAGUAAGUCUAACAUGGACCUGGAUAUCAAGGGUUUUACCAGUUCAGCAUCUAAUUUUGCAUGUGAACGAAAGAAAUCAGAUACGGACAUGAAUAGCCUCAAUGUAAGUAGUGAAUCACAAUUUGGACCCCUCCACAUGGAUGCAAAUUUCCAAUCUAAAUCAAGUUCGACUCUGAAUGUUCAAAAAGUUGAUCUGGUAACCGUGUCUGGUUUAAAUCCUCCAAGUGAAACAUGUGCAGCACAUGGCUCAAUUUCAGGGACGCAUUCUGAGCAUCUGAUGUCUACAUUAUCUUGUGGACCAUCCAUAAUGUCUAUGGCCACCAAGAUGAAUGAUCAUAUGAGUCCUCAAUUGGUCAUUAGCUGGGGUAGUGGCAGUAGCACGCGUAGUGACAGCAUAGAAAGUUCCACCACACAUCUUAAGCCCCACACUGGCGGUGAUGUUCGAUGGGAUGCCAUUAAUUCCGUCUCUUUAAAGGAUUCUCCACUUGGCCUUAGUAAUUUUCGACUCUUGAAGCGACUUGGUUAUGGAGACAUUGGAAGUGUCUAUCUUGUUGAACUUCGAGGAACUAACACUUAUUUUGCCAUGAAAGUGAUGGACAAAGGUUCUCUUGCAAGUCGAAACAAGCUACUUCGAGCUCAAACUGAGAGGGAGAUCCUCAGUCUUCUUGAUCACCCAUUCUUGCCUACCCUGUAUUCUUAUUUUGAAACUGAAAAAUUUUAUUGCUUGGUCAUGGAAUUUUGCAGUGGAGGUAAUCUUCAUACUCUUCGACAAAAGCAGCCCAACAAGUAUUUUUCUGAGGAUGCUGCUAGGUUUUAUGCAUCAGAAGUUCUGUUGGCACUUGAAUAUUUGCAUAUGCUGGGAAUUGUCUACAGGGAUCUAAAGCCAGAAAAUGUGCUGGUGAGAGAUGAGGGUCACAUUAUGCUCUCUGACUUUGACCUGUCACUUCGUUGCUCGGUCAGUCCUACACUAGUCAAAUCUUCAUCUGUGCAUGCAGGAAAUGCCAGUUCUAAUGCUGGUGGCAUUUUAGAUGACGAGAAUGCAGUGCAUGGAUGUAUGCAGCCAUCAGCUUUUCUCCCUCGUAUCCUUCCUAGCAAAAAGAAUCGGAAGUCUAAAUCAGAUUUUGGUCUCUUCGUUGGUGGAGCCCUCCCAGAGCUGAUGGCCGAGCCAACUAAUGUGAGAUCAAUGUCUUUUGUCGGAACACAUGAAUACCUAGCCCCAGAGAUAAUACGAGGUGAGGGUCAUGGCAGUGCAGUGGAUUGGUGGACAUUUGGAAUCUUCUUAUAUGAGCUUUUGCAUGGGACAACUCCUUUUAAGGGGUCUGGGAAUAGGGCGACAUUGUUCAAUGUCGUAGGCCAACCGUUACGAUUCCCAGAAGCUCCACAAGUGAGCUUCCCAGCUCGUGAUCUAAUCAGAGGGCUCUUGGUUAAAGAGCCACACAAGAGAAUUGCAUACAAGAGGGGCGCCACAGAGAUAAAGCAACACGCAUUUUUUGAAGGUGUGAACUGGGCUUUAGUCAGGAGUGCACAACCACCCCACAUCCCUGAACCUGUAGAUUUCGGGCAUUUUGCUAAUAAAGAGGCAGCCCAUUCAGACAAGAAGAUGGCAGAGAUUGCAACUGAUAAAAACAAAAGUAGUUCUAGUGAUCCUUCAUACGUAGAAUUUGAAUACUUCUAGGGGCAAUGGUUCUAAUAAAGUUAUGAUGUUCUCGGCAUCUGGUUUUGUGGUUAAACUGUACAAAAGAGGAAACGUAGCACAUAAUUUGUCAAUCCUGGUUUAGAGCAGAAAAUAAGAAGUAAAAACUUUUGUAUCAGUGGUUUUACUUGUAUGUUAUCCUGGUCUUCCCUAGUGAAAAAGCUGAGUCCUGUGCUUAAUGCCGUGAAUACGAAAAACAUAUGCUCUGAGAUC